AUGGACAGACGACCUUCAGACGACUUGGAAGAACACACAGAGCUUUUGGAAGGUCAAAAGAGUGUCGAGGAAUGCAAUUCCAAUAAUCCUCAGCUCUCUGUCUCCAAUCAGCUUGCUAUUUUUCUAAAUCAUGCAGGCCACUAUGACAAUGCCAUUUCACUUGAGGAUGUUGCACAAUGGGAGCAUGAUCAGUUUAUCUUCUUCCCAGAAGAUGACUCUAAGGAUGCUGAGCUGGCUUGGUGGUUUGCUGAGACACGAACCUGUCUGGAGUGGAGGGGUGGCUAUCUAGUCAUUGAUGGCUCAACUAUGGAUCUUUUCAUCAAACCUGCUUAUUUUGAUAAGACAUUUUAUGAUAGGAAAUCCAAACAACAAUUUAAUUUAAUUCUAGACAAUUAUUAUGCCCCAUAUGUUUUUCAAUUCACUUGCCUCUAUGAAGAGCAUGUUAACCUUCUCCCAGAUGAUUACUGGGUUUGGGCAGACAGUGCAUAUCCAUUGGAGCCAUGGUGUAUCCCCCUUUUAAGAAGCCUCACAAUGGACAACUAA